ACAUACCAUUUUAUUAUCCAAGGUCAUCACUAGUCAUAUCUUCAUUAUCAUCAUCUUCAUCAAUCCAAAACCAUAACCAUAACCAAAACCUAAAAAACACCCUUCAUUUCUUUUACAUACCUUGUCUUCUUACUUACUAAAGUUCCCCCCUUCUUUUUUCUUCUUUCCUUCCUUAUUAACCUUUCCCCAUGAAUAAAGAUGGUUCCUUUUUUGUUUGAAAUCAUCUUGACACUAAAUCUAAUCAUCUACUAACUCUUAACACAAAAAAGAUAGUAAAAAGAGUAUUAGAUGUUUCAGCCAUGGACUUAACCAACAACAGCACAACUAUUACUACUACUACUACUACAAUAGUCAAAACCCCAGAAGCUGAAAUUGGAACCCCAACUCAGAUCCAAAAAUUGAAACCCUUUCCUCUCAGUAAUGGUGUUCUUAAAAGGAAAAAUCCUCUUAACCAUCAUCACCCUGUUGUGGUUAUUUACAGAGAGUGUCUCAAAAACCAUGCUGCAAGCUUAGGUGGUCAUGCUGUUGAUGGGUGUGGGGAAUUUUUACCUUCUCCUGCAGCUAACCCAACUGACCCAACAUCUCUAAAAUGUGCUGCUUGUGGUUGUCACCGUAAUUUUCACCGCCGUGAACCGGAAGAACCGGUUGUAAUCCCGCCGCCACCUAUAGCCACCGCGGUGCUGGAGUACCAACCUCAUCAUCGCCACCAUCCUCCUCCACCUAUGCCGCUACCGCCGCGUGGGGACCAUAGUAGUCCGAAUUCUCCAUCUCCACCGCCGAUUUCAUCGGCUUAUUACCCAGCCUCUGCACCCCAUAUGCUUUUGGCUCUCAGUGCUGGGUUUUCUGGGGAGAAAAAUCCGAACCCGACAUCAGCUCCGUUAGCUAAUUCUAACGGGAGGAAGCGUUUCAGAACGAAAUUCACUCCUGAUCAGAAGGUGAAAAUGCUGGAAUUCGCAGAAAGAGUUGGAUGGAAAAUGCAGAAGCGAGAUGAAGAUCUAGUGAGCAAUUUCUGCAACGAAAUUGGAGUUGAAAAAGGGGUUCUAAAGGUAUGGAUGCACAAUAACAAGAACACAUUCGGGAAGAAAUCAGAUCAACCCACCUCCGGCGACGGCGUCGGCGACAACGACAACAACCACCACCAGAAUGGUAACACUAACACCGUUAAUGGUUUUUGUAUUGUUAGUAGAAAUAAUAAUGAUAACAACAACACCGACUCAGAAUUUCAGCAGCAGCAGCAUGAAAGUAACAUUGACAACAAAAAAGGCAUAAUCCACCACCUUCAAACAAGUGAUAGUGUUGUUGUUACUAAUGGGUCUUCUUCUUCUUCUUAAUCUCUAAUCAGAUACGGAUGACCCAAAAAAAAAUUGCACAAAUAAAGUUUUAACUAGAAUUUAGUGCAAGGAAGAGAAAAAUUUCGAGGCUGGUUUUAUUAGUCACGUUUAUUUGUUUUUUUUUUCUCUUAGAGCUGUUUUAUGCUUUGUUCGUAAGGAUUAGUGCUCAGCUUGAUGAGGAUAACACUAGAAAUCAAGAUUGUUCUAAUGAGCGAUUUAAUUUGUUAAUUUUUCUUCUUUUUGCUUACUGCUGGCCUUGUAAAUUAGUUAUGCUACUUAAUUACUAUAAUCUCAUUUGAGUCAGAAACUUAGUUUUUAA